CACUAAUAGUUCUCGUCUUCGAGUUUGAGCAGUAGAAUAGAAGACAAUACCAGUUUACUCCCAACGAGUUCCACACUGAGUCCCUAACCCGACUCAUCCAUCGCACGAAUGGCUAGAAGUAGAAAUAAUAACAGUGUCGGCGGAUUUCAAUUUCUGAUCUAUGUAGCAUUAAUCUGCUCAGUUUCUGCUUCCGCUUCGAUCUUUUAUCCGAUCUCCGAUUCUCACCGAUCUGCCGCUUCGGAACUUUUUUCGCCGAUCGACGGUUCAUUUAGCAGUUUGCGAGAAACAUAUGAGGCGCUUCGGACAUUUGAGAUUCUUGGAAUUGACAAAAAGCCUGACGUAAGCGUCGCAGCUUGUCAGUCUGUAGUGGAAACCCUUGGGUCUUCAUCUUCAGCUUCCAAGGAUAUUUUCUAUGCUCUUAAAGCGAAUAGAGUUUUAAAAUGUGAAGUCAAAGAGGAAGUUUAUGAGCGAGUUGUUUCCGAACUUCAAAGUUCUGUAAAGAGUGCAAGUUCGUUGCUUAAUUUCUACCAUUCCGUUGGAAGUUUGGUACUUAUCAAGGAUCAAUUAUCUAAAGAUGAUCUAUACCUUGGAGAUGCUGAAGGAAUUUUUCGCUCGAUCAAGGCUUUGAGCCAGAGUGAUGGAAGAUGGCGCUAUAGCUCUAAUAAUCCUGAGUCUAGUACCUUUGCUGCAGGUUUAGCACUUGAAACUCUUGCUGGAGUGAUCUCGCUCUCAUCUUCUGAGAUUGACCAGUCUCUGAUUGGCACAACUAAGAAUGAUAUAUUAAAGCUUUUUGACAGCAUUGAGAAGUAUGAUGAUGGAGCCUUUUACUUUGAUGAGAAGCUGGUUGAUGCGCAUGAACAUCAAGGUUCUCUUUCAACUACAUCUUCUGUUGUCAGAGGAUUGAUAGAAUUUGCAGAUGUGACCUCAGGAAGCUUAAAUCUGCCUAGCGAAAAAGUUGUGGGUUUGGCCAAGUUCUUCCUCGGCAUUGGGAUUCCUGGUGAUGCUCAAGAUCUAUUCAACCAAGUAGACUCGUUGGCUUAUCUGGAGAGAAAUAGGGUGACCAUUCCCUUAAUAUUGUCUCUUCCAGCAACUGUUCUUUCUUUGUCCAAGAAGGACACCCUUAAGGUUAAGGUGAAUACCGUUCUUGGCUCAAAUGCACCUUCUCUGACAGUAAAACUCGUACGAAUUUACAGUUCUGGUUCAAAGGAUACUUCCAUAACUGAGAACCAGGAACUCAAUUUUGACUCUGAAAGUGGCAUAUUUUUCUUGGAUGCUUUGCCAAAGAGCAUUGAUGUUGGAAAAUACAUUUUUGUUUUUGAGACUCUGCUUCAUGACGAUGCUCAUAAAAAUAUUUACACCACGGGAGGCCAAACUAAAGUUCCAAUAUUUGUUACUGGAGUUAUCAAAAUUGACAAUGCUGGAAUAGAAGUGCUUGAAAGUGAUCUCGGGAUCACAGAAGUUCAAAAAAAGCUAGAUUUGGCUGGAGAAAAUCUUGUAUCUUUACCAGCUAACCACCUCCAGAAGUUGCGGCUGUCAUUCAAAUUGACAACUCCUCUUGGCAAUGCUUUUAAGCCACAUCAGGCAAUUUUCAAGUUGAAACAUGAGACUGAUGUGGAGCAUGUCUUUAUUGUGGGAAACUCUGGAAAGAAGUUUGAGAUAGUACUGGAUUUUCUUGGAUUGGUUGAGAAAUUUUAUUAUCUAUCGGGCAGAUAUAACAUCCAGCUCACUGUUGGUGAUGCUGUUAUGGAGAACUCUUUCUUAAAGGCCAUUGGUCAUAUUGACCUAGACCUACCAGAAGCACCUGAGAGUGCACCACGUCCGCCUCCACAGCCUGUUGAUCUUUACUCAAGAUACGGUCCAAAAGCAGAAAUUAACCACAUCUUCAGGGCACCUGAAAAGCACCCAGCUAAGGAGUUAUCUCUAGCCUUCUUGGGUCUUACACUUGUGCCAUUUAUUGGAUUCUUAAUUGGGCUAUUGCGUCUAGGGGUGAAUUUGAAGAACUUCCCAUCUUCAGCUGUAUCUGCCACAUUUGCCUUCCUAUUCCAUUUGGGAAUUGGAGCAGUUUUGCUACUCUAUGCGCUUUUCUGGCUGAAGUUGGAUCUUUUCACAACAUUGAAAGCACUUAGUUUCUUGGGAGUUUUUCUAAUGUUCGUUGGACACAGAAUCCUCUCCCACCUGGCUUCGGCGUCAUCCAAGUUGAAAUCUGCUUGAAGACGUUCAAAACCUCGACGGAAAUUGCAAGUUAAGCUAGGAUAGAUGAGGAAAUUGCCCCAUAAGUUAAAAAGAUAAUUAACAUUUUGACUCAAUUUUGUAGGUUGCGCUCGGUAGACUAUGUACUCUCUAUUAUGAAUUUAUUACACUUAUUUAAAAGGAAAAAAUAGUUCUUACCAAUGACAUUUUUUUA